GGGGGGGGGGGGGGGGGGGGGGGGGCAGGUAGUUGUGUUAUUGGCAAAGAUAGAGGUACUUGAAAGAAGAGAGUUGGUUUGGUGAGAGAGUCUUGACUCAUGAUUUAGGAGAUUGCUAAAGAGUUGAUGAGGGGUAAGAGGAUCUAGGAGGGUAGUUAACGAAGUGACUAGUGAUUUACAAUCAGUGCCCAGCCCUGCCAAGAGAUAGAUUGUAAAUUCAAAAUCGGUGAGUGGGUGGCCUGCAGCACCAAGUUGAGAGGAGAGAUUUUUUGCUCUAUUAAAGUAGUAUGAAAUCAAUUCGGGUCCUUUCCCAAAGUUGGCUAGUUGAAACUUUGUAUGCAUGUUGUUUGCAAAGGAUUGAGCUGAGAACAAGUUUUGUAAUAUCGUCCAGACUUGUUGCAAAGUAGUGCAGUCGAGCACUUGACUCAAGACAGGUUCGGAGAGUGAGGAGUUAAUUGCAGAAAUGACAAGUUGGUCUUGCAAAAUCCAUUGAUCAUAGGCUGGAUUGGAUUUGCCGUCGAGUUGAGAUGUAGGCAUGGGAUGAGAACCAUCAACAUAAUCAUAAAGUUUUUGACCUUUGGGGAAGGGGACUAUUUGGGCUUUCUAUAGAAGAUAGUUUUCUAUGGUGAGUUUGAUAUUGAUAGACUCAGUUGCUGCAGUAAUGAUAGAGGGACUUGCAGUGAGAGAUUUACCAGGGGACUCCACUGUAAAGGGGACGUUUGUCCUUAGAAGCUCUGACUACCAUGAAGAAACAAGUGACUCACAAAAUGUUUGAAUAAAUGCCAUAUAGAGAACACAGAGAAGGCUGCAGCAAAUACUUCUUUUCUUUUCUCAUUACAUCGUAUACAAUAGGUUCUCCUAUUUAUAGAUACAAAAGAAUAACAAAUAGAAUAUUCUUCACUCAGUACAUGACAGCUGUCUUAUUACACAGCAGUAUUACAAACGCUAGUGCUCUGUUGGUGUGCGCUCUGCUGCAUUUUGUUGUGACGCAGGUGCUCUGUUGGUGUGCACUCUGCUGCAUUCGGUUCUGUUGGUGUGCACUCUGCUGGGAGAUGCCUUAAUAGUGACGAAUGAAGGAGAUAGACGUACGGGUCUAUAUAUAGCUGGAAUAGAUUGUGGUGAAGAAGAUCAACUAGCUGGUUAAAUGCCGCCAAUUAAGAACUUUUUGGGCUCCUAGAAUCAGGAUUUAUCAAAUGCAAAGCAAGAAUAUAGGAAAAGUAAGGGAAAAGACCAAGGCCAAAAGAUUUAUUUUUUGUUUAAAAAGUAAAACUAACUGCAAAUGUUGCUGAAGCAAAAAAUAAUAUGGCAAUACUUGGCCUUGCCUCUCAAUUUGCUUUUAUCCCAAUUUCAUAAUUGACGUUAGACUCUAAAAUUUCUUAAUGGUCAUGUAAGUGAGUAAACCUAGGAGAUUUACGAAGGAAUAUUGUAGCAUAUAUAUACACACACAUAUAUAGAGAGAGAGAGAGAGAGUAGGGCACGAAGAACGAUACACAUAUUUCGAUCGCAAAGGAACACCCAAAAGCAGAUUUUCAGAUUAACGUCCUCAUCAACAUGGCCGGCCCACCACCGACGAAUCCAGCUCCUGAAGUGACAAGAUUUACGAGAGAUCUGCCACCAGCUCACUACAUUUUGAAGAUUGAGUCACUCUCAAAAAUCAUACAGAUGUUGCCAGGGGAGAAAAAGCCCAAGUAUGACUCAGAGGUUUUCGAAUGCGGUGGCUAUAAAUGGAAAUUAUCUCUCUACCCAAUUGGAAGAAAAGAAUGUGACAACGCUGAAAAUAUUUCACUCUACUUGGCAAUUGAAGAUACAGAUUCUUUACCUCUUUGUUGGGAGGUUAAUGCAAUGUUCAAAUUGUUUGUGUUGGAUCAGAUUCGAGGCGAGUACUUGGCCGUCCAAGAUGAUAAGGGGAAAAUAAGGCGUUUUAAUGCAAUGAAAACUGAAUGGGGAUUUGCUCAAUUUCUCCCCUUUACUAAGUUUGGUGAUGCCCAAAGUGGAUACCUUUUUUAUGACUGCUGCGUAUUUGGUGCUGAGGUUUUUGUCAUAAAAUGUACUGGUAAGGGGGAGCGUAUCUCCAUGUUGAGUCCUCCAAUCAAAGGUUACUGCUGUUGGGAGAUUGGAAAGUUUUCAGCAUUAAAUGUGGAAUGUUUGUCAAAAGAGUUCAAAGUUGGGGAACGUAAAUGGUAUGUGUCGUUUUAGCUCAUAUUUUGCAUGUAGUACUAGUAAUUAAGUACUACUGUUCCCAAAUUUUUACCUCUAUUAAUUCCAUCGAUGAACAUAGGGAGUUAAAGCUAUAUCCGAAAGCAGUUUCAGCUGACGAUGGUGAAAGUUAUAUCAAGUUGUUUUUGUCAGUGUCACGUUGGGAUCAAACUCCCCCAAAAGGAAAAUUGUAUGCUAAAUAUAUUCUACGUAUAAGGGACCGAAGAGUUAAUGGAAAACAUGAGGAAGUAACAGGUAAGCUAGCUCCCAUUUUGGUGUCUUGUUAUAUAAUCAAAAGGUACUCUUGGUACAAUCGAUAAAUUGUGAUUAGGAAAAUAAACGUUAUAUAUUAAUAAGAAUAAGUUAUUUCAAUAUUUUUAAUGGCUUUCUCUUGUUAAAGGACAGAAAAAAAAAAAAAAUGCUUUCAAGUUUUUUUUUACACACCCAACAUAUCAUUGAAGUGGAUUCCGUUACGAUGAAAAACUAUCGAUGCUUAUGAUAGUGGCGUGUUGACGCACUACUAGGCUUGCAAGUAUCAAAACUCUAGAUGAUAUUCAAAUGGUUGAAAGUAGUACUUCCAUUGAUGAAAAAUGAUGUUUUCAAUCUGAAUU